AUCCCACAAACCAGCCGCCAACAUUGAGGCAAACAAAGUCCUCAUAACCCAUAGCCAAGGAACUGUUGCUCCAUAUGCCACAGGGAACCUGCACAAUUCAAGGUCCAAAAGCGCCAAACAUUCCACAAUUCAACGCCUCCGCAGAUACUUUUCCUUAAGUCUUUCGCAAACUCGUUUCUCAACGCCACAGCCCCCCUUUCCAAGCAGGUGGACCCGUGCAGAAUGUGACGCAGUGCGCCAUGAACCCUCACCACAACAGAAGCUCCAGUCGUCGCAACUCUCUUCUCGGCUACCAGGUUGCAGGGGGAGUACUUCUUAAAGCCCACCGAUCCUCAAUCCUCACACAGGCAAUCCAUCCACUCAAGGUUCGCACAUCGCAGCGUCGCUGCCGAUUCCGACCCCUUUUCCCGAUUCAGCGAGCGUUAGAGUUUUGGUUGUAGUUCUCGACCCGAAAACGUUUGCAAAGCGUGUCGCUUGUUGCUCGCUCGGGUGCCUAUCCAUUCCGAAGUUUCUGUGCAGACGACCUAGUUUGGGAUUCACGUCGCAGGCUCUAGCACAUCCGUUGGCAGCAAUGGCACCGCGAGCCGGAGAGCUUGACAUCGCCGCCUCCGAUGAGCAGGUUGCCGCCGCCCCCCUCGUGAGGAUGCAUGCGCCAAUUCCCAGGGGUCAGCCCCGUGCGGAGGGUCCGGCGUGCGUGCUCGGCAUCGGCACUGCUGUGCCUCCCACCGAGUUCCUGCAGAGCGAGUACCCCGACUUCUUCUUCAACAUCACCAACACCAGCGAGAAGGAGGCACUGAAGGCCAAAUUCAAGCGCAUCUGCGACAAGUCUGGCAUCAGGAAGCGCCACAUGUUCCUCACGGAGGAGGUGCUCAAGGCCAACCCCGGCAUCUGCACGUACAUGGAGCCCUCCCUGAACGUCCGCCACGACAUCGUCGUCGUCCAGGUGCCCAAGCUGGCUGCCGAGGCCGCGCAGAAGGCCAUCAAGGAGUGGGGCGGCCGCAAGUCCGACAUCACCCACAUCGUGUUCGCCACCACCAGCGGCGUGAACAUGCCCGGAGCCGACCACGCCCUGGCCAAGCUGCUGGGGUUGAAGCCCACCGUGAAGCGGGUGAUGAUGUACCAGACCGGGUGCUUCGGCGGCGCGUCCGUGCUCCGGGUGGCCAAGGAUCUGGCCGAGAACAACAAGGGCGCCAGGGUGCUGGCGGUGUGCAGCGAGGUCACGGCCGUCACCUACCGCGCCCCGAGCGAGAACCACUUGGACGGCCUGGUGGGAUCGGCGCUGUUCGGCGAUGGCGCCGGCGUGUACGUGGUGGGAUCCGACCCCAAGCCCGAGGCGGAGAAGGCGUUGUUCGAGGUGCACUGGGCGGGCGAGUCGAUCUUGCCGGAGAGCGACGGCGCCAUCGACGGGCACCUCACGGAGGCGGGGCUCAUCUUCCACCUCAUGAAGGACGUGCCAGGGCUGAUCUCCAAGAACAUCGAGAAGUUCUUGAACGAGGCCAGGAAGUGCGUUGGGUCGCCGGAGUGGAACGAAAUGUUCUGGGCUGUGCACCCAGGAGGCCCGGCCAUCCUGGACCAGGUCGAGGCGAAACUGAAGCUGACCAAGGACAAGAUGCAGGGGAGCAGGGACAUCCUGUCGGAGUACGGCAACAUGUCGAGCUCGUCGGUGUUGUUCGUGCUGGAUCAGAUUCGGCAGAGGUCGGUGAAGAUGGGGGCGUCCACGCUGGGAGAGGGGAGCGACUUCGGGUUCUUCAUCGGCUUCGGGCCGGGGCUGACGUUGGAGGUGCUGGUGCUUCGCGCCGCCGCGAACGUGUAAAUGGGGGAAGCAGGGCGCGAGAAACGCAUCGGAUGAGGGACAGGGAGUGUGCAGGGGCGGUGGCCGGGUGCGGGUGUGGACCACGCUCCUUCGCCGUGCAUGAUUCAGAUCAGCAGCGAGCCGUGCGACCAGCCGCUGGACAUGGAGCUGCUCGUCGGUGAGCAGAUGCGGAGGCGCUACGGACACGGACGUCCCCCGGGUAGCAUCCAAGCGGAUGGAUGUGAAGCCGAGGCCCAAAGUGUAACAUGCAACACCGCAAAGGAAAGAGUUUGACAGAUAUUGUUUCGGCGAUAUGGACUAGCUGCUGAAAGCUCUGGUUUUCAAGCUUUUGACGGUUGUUGUUGUCAUGUUCGAAGUCGUUGCAGUGGCAGUGAUUGUGCUGGAGCAGGAGCAAAAUUUCGUUGCACAAAGGAUUCGGUGUAGUAUAUAUUUAGGUGGAGCUUUAGAUUAAACUGGGCACAGACAAGUGCUCUGCUGGCAAGGCUGCAUGAGCAUAACAUAUCUUGUGUCCAAUGUAUUAUUCUGCGAUGAUUCUAUGAUGCACAUUGCAUAUUUUUCAUUAUGCCA